AUGGUCCGCACUUUAUUACUUGCGCCUUUUGCCAUCGCUGUAGCGUCUGCGGCAACUUUGACCGAGCGCCAAGCCAAUACUUGCGCUUGUGGAUACAAAGACUCUACUGGAGCAGUAUGGCGGGAAUCUAUCGUCUCAGAUUUCACUGCCGGUUCAGAGUCUGUCUUGAGUCAGAACUACUAUAAAUUCACGUGGCAAGAAGAUCAUGAAAAUGUUCCGUACGGAAUGCAAUACACCGCCAACAACGUAUACGCAUACAACGACGGUCUAGGGAUCAAAGCUUCCGCAUAUUCUGGCAGUGGUCGAGUUCAGACUGGUGGAAUCGGCACCACCCGCAGCGAUAUUCUUUACGGUACUUUCAGGAUGAGAGCUACGGUCCCCAAGGUACCUGGCGUAUGCUUCGGAUUCUUCACCUAUAAGAGUGACACCCAGAAGCUGAUACCGGUAAAAUUCUUGAGUUCGGACGUAGACUAUUAUCAGCGCGUACAUCAAACCAACCAGCCUGGUUUGAUUAACGGUAACACAGACCUGAGCGCAUAUAAGGCUGUUGUUAUCCCCGGGGCCGACUUUACGGCUUUCCAUGAACACCGUCUCGACUGGCUCCCAGGCUCUACCAAGUACUAUUAUGAUGGCUCCUUGAAGUCGACUGUUUCCAAAAACUCCCCUGCUGUCGCUUCUUCCAUCCUUGCCAACGUUUAG